AUGGCACGCGAAGAAGAAGACAUGACGGUCGGACCGACUGAUCUGGUUGUGCAACCUGUCGAGUCGGGUCGUGUCCGAUUGCACCGACAUAGACGAAGAAGCAAAUGCCCACAGCAACAAAUCCAGCAGCGCCAGGCAGCCAAUUUGAGAGAAAGGAAACGAAUGCAGUCAAUAAAUGACGCUUUCGAAGGAUUAAGAGCACACAUUCCCACCCUUCCGUACGAAAAAAGACUGUCGAAAGUAGACACGCUAAAAUUAGCGAUAGGUUACAUAAAUUUUUUAAGUGAGUUAGUAAGAACAGAUAAAAAUUCAAAUACUGAGUUUUUCAACGGACACAAUAGGAAUCUACGGCAAGAUGAACCAAAGAAAAUCAUUAUUAGGGAUGAUCUGUCACUGGAUGUAAGAAGAAAAAUGUGGUUUAUGCAGGAUGGAGCGCCACCUCAUUUUUCAUUAGCUGUUAGAAAUCAUCUUCAUGACGUAUUUCCUCAACGAUGGAUUGGCAGACGCAGUGAUUUUCAAUGGCCACCAGGAAGUCCUGAGUACAACUCGCUAGAUUUUUAUUUUUGGGGAAAUAUGAAGUCCUUAGUUUAUGCCAAUGAAAGUAAUACACGAGACGAACUUUGGAGAUACAUUCAAAAUGCAGCUAAUCUUAUAAGGGGACAGAAUAAUAUUUUUUAA